UCUCAUUCUACUUCACACGCAUUACAUCUCUGUCUGAGUGAAAAGCAUCUUGCUGUGCCACUCCAUCCCAACUUGUAGUCCCAUGAAAGAAUUUAUUAAUGUGUGGGUGCGGGAUCCCCGCAUUCAGAAGGAGGACUUCUGGCAUGCUUAUAUGGAUUUUGAAAUCUGCAUACAUACGAACAGUUUGGCUUUCAAUAAGAAGAGCUCUUGUGUGCGGAGGAGGUACAGUGAGUUUGUGUGGCUGAGGCAAAAGUUGCGGAAAAAUGCCUUGCUUCUAGUGCAUCUACCCGAGCUUCCCCCAAAGAACCCCUUCUUCAGUCUGAACAACGCCCGAAUGAUCGCCGCCCGCAUGGAUGGCCUGAGGCGAUUCCUAGAAGAGAUCGUGUGCAGUCCUAUGCUGCUGUCUGACAGCUGCCUCCACCUGUUCCUGCAAUCCCAGCUGAGCGUGAGGAAGAUGGAGGCGUGCUCUCAGGGCAGGAGCGCCUACACUGUGGCUCAGGCCAUCGAGAGCUAUUGCGCCCAGGGCCAGCGUUUUGGCUUGGACCCCAACUUACAUGUGACGGAAGAGAUUGAUUCAGAGUGACUAGCUCAUAAUCGCGUGGACCUUUAGUAAUUGGCCUUCGAACUGGGCCGGAACAGGGUCGCAUUCAAUCACGGUUCACUGCGUUUGCCACGGAAGCAUGAAUCCAGGACAUAUAUGAAGAAACGAUGAAUGUGCAUGGGGAUGUACUUGUUAAACCAUCAUUUGUAAUCUUGUGCCUUUCCAAAGCUGUUCCUUUUUUCUGCAGUCCUGAAUGUUGUGCGUUAAUUAUAAUCCCGUAAUCUCCUUAACCACUUCACAUGGGACCAGAGCCCAUCCUAGCAGCACAGGGCGCAAAUAGUGGGAACCAACCCUGAACAGGGAGCCAAUCCAUCACAGGUGUUCAACAUAAUAUUUUAAUACUACUGCUCAUCAGUACAACUAAUAAGAUUAAGAAUAUUAUACACAUUGGCUGAAUGUACAAAUGUACAAAUAUAAAUAUGGUCUCGUAUGUUAUAUUUUGUUGUUGGAACCACAGACAAGGUUCGAGGAAGUACUUUACUCUGUGCUCAUGUACAAGCACACCGAAAUGACUUUAGUGCUCAGAGUCAUUCUAGAACUUAGUUCGAACUCAAGCCUAUAUAUUAUAGCAGGGUUUGGCCAUAAUAAAGAUCAUGACCUAAAUACGUGUAAAGACCUGAUUUAAUGAUGCUUUAAGAUGCUUUGCGUGUUUUUGCCAGCAGAUGGCACUUCUGCUCUGCUUGGUUUCUCCACUUGGUGCAGCUACACACUGUUGAGAGCUUCGGUGCUCCAGCCUGCGGUCUUCUGUUAUCAGUUUCGAACAGCCCUGCCACACAGCUCAUUUGAAUGUGGUUUUAACUGUUUUUUUUUUUUUUAACUAUUACAUAUUGAAGGCUUUGAUAUUUUCAGUGACCUGGAACGUGGUAUGGGGGGUUGUCACCUUGUGUGAAGCCUGUCUUUGAAAUGUGGCACAUGAAUCAGGGCAACGUGCAGAACCUAUAUGGCAUCUCUGAAACAACAUCAUAUUAUGGACCUUCAAAACCAAACAAAGGCUGUUAAAC